AGAAUUUCGAGGAGAACAUGUUGACAUUUGUUAAAGAUGAGCUGAAGAUGAUCCAGAAGGUUCUACUGACAAAUGAUGCAGAAUACUUGGAAAGUCAGAGUGAGGGUGAGGAGCAGCAGACUGGUUUUCCUGGACCUCACAGUGACCUUUAUGAGGGCAAUGAAUUAUGAUGAGCUGGCUGACUGUCUGCAGAGCAGAACUCGUGCUGAAGUUUGUCGUCGUAAAUUCAAAUCUAAUGUGAAGCAGAAGUGUGAGCGUGUGUUUGAGGGGCUCUCUAAAGCAGGAAAGACGACUCUUCUGAAGGAGAUCUACACAGAGCUCUACAUAGAGGGUGGGGCUUCAGAGGUCAACCAGGAACAUGAGGUCAGACAGAUUGAAGCAGCAUACAGGAAAACACACACACCACAAAGAACCAUCACAUGUGAAGACAUCUUUAAAGCCUCAGCUGACACACAGCCACCAAUCAGAACAGUGCUGACAAAGGGCGUGGCCGGCAUAGGGAAAACAGUCUUAACACAGAAGUGGACUCUGGACUGGGCUGAAGGACGAAUCAACCAGUACUUCCAUUUCAUAUUUCCAUUCACUUUCAGAGAGCUAAAUGUGCUGAAAGUGAAGAAGUUCAGCUUGGUGGAACUUGUUCAUCACUUCUUUCCCGAAACCAAAGAAGCAGGAAUCUGCAGCUUCCGGCGCAUCCAGGUCUUGAUCAUCUUGGAUGGUCUGGAUGAGUGUCGCCUCCCUCUGGACUUCCACAGCAAUAACAUUGUGACUGAUGUCACAGAGUCGAGAUCAGUGGAUGUGUUGCUGACAAACCUCAUCAGGAGGAACCUGUUUCCCUCUGCUCACCUCUGGAUCACCACACGACCUGCAGCAGCCAAUCAGAUCCCUCCUGAGUGUGUGGCCAUGGUGACAGAGGUCGGAGGCUUCACUGACCCUCAGAAGGAGGAGUACUUCAGGAAGAAAUUCAGAGAUGAGGAGCAGUCCAGAAGAAUCAUCUUCCACAUGAAGACAUCACGAAGCCUCCACAUCAUGUGUCACAUCCCAGUGUUCUGCUGGAUCACCGCUACAGUUCUGGAGGACGUGUUGGACACCAGAGAUGCACCAGAGCUGCCAGAGACCCUGACUGAGAUGUACAUCUACUUCCUGGUGGUUCAGUCCAAAGUAAAGGUGGUCAAGUAUGAUGGAGGAACUGAGACAGAUCCACUGUGGAACAGAAAGAACAGGAAGAUGAUUGUCUCUCUGGGAAAACUGGCUUUUGAGCAGCUGCAGAAAGGGAACCUGAUCUUCUAUGAAGAGGACCUGACAGAGUGUGGCAUCGAUAUCAGAGCAGCCUCAGUGUACUCGGGAGUCUUCACACAGAUCUUUAAAGAGGAGAGAGGACUCUAUCAGGACAAGGUCUUCUGCUUCAUCCAUCUGAGUGUUCAGGAGUUUCUGGCUGCUCUUUAUGUUCAUCUGACCUUCAUCCAGUCUGGAGUCAAUCUGCUGUCCAAAGAA